AUGGCUACUCCUCAGGAGCCAGGAAAGAAGCUGAAAAACAGGCGCUCCACCUUAUUUGCCAACCUGAAGCUCACAGAUAGUUUCUCAUGCGCCGUAGAUGAACAGACAUUCCCGUUCUCCCAGGAUAGGUCGGUUAAGGCAUGGAAUUCCAUGGAGAACCUGGACAGCCCUACUUCUGAGAGUACGCAACCCAAGGCGAAAAAGUCCGGUGUCAAAACCAAGUCGAGGAAACCAACACAUUUGCUGAACAUCAAUGUUGGGGGCAGGAUUUUCCUCCUAUCCAAACAUUUGGCUGCCAGGUACCAAUACACACGCAUUGGCUCUUUGGCCCUUUGCACGGACCGCAUCAAGCAGCUCACAUUCUGUGAUGACUAUUGCGUCAGGAGGGACGAGUUCUUCUUCGACCGGGACCCUGUCUUCUUCAACUACAUCUUCCAGUUCUACCACAGUGGCGUGCUCUGGGUCAUGGAGGAGCUGUGUCCCAUCAACUUCGAAGAGGAGAUGCAGUACUGGGGCGUCAGCCUGAAGGACACCCAGCGCUGCUGCCGCAUCCUCUUUGAGGAGAAGGUGGACGAGCUGAGGGACUACCUCAAGGUGGAGAAGGAGCUCAUGGCUCAGAUCGAGCCCAAGCACAGCGAGGAUGGCUUCAAGGACAUGUUCCUGGGGGGUGUUCGGAAGUCCCUUUGGGACCUGAUGGAGAACCCUUACUCCUCUCUGUCAGCCAAGGCCUUUGCUGUGUUCUCCAGCCUGUUUGUGCUCAUCUCCAUAGUUGCCAUGACCCUCAACACAGUCAAGGAAUUGAAGUGCGAGGCCAUAUAUGGGAAGACCUACUUUGAGUGCAUUGAGAUCCUCUCGAUCAUCUUCUUUACCUUUGAGUACUUCCUUCAAUUGCUCACCACCUGCGAAAUCAAGCAUUUCCUGAUGAGCGCCCUGAACUUUGUGGACCUGGUAGCUGUCAUGCCCUACUUCAUUCAGCUGAUCUUCGAGGCCUUCAGCAAUCCGGAGGACCUGAGCGCCCAGGACGACCUGAAAACCAUGGCGCGCGUCAGCAAGGUCAGCAAGAUCCUGAAGGUCGUCAAACUGAUGCGCAUCUUUCGCAUUCUCAAGCUGGCACGUCACUCCACAGGCAUGCAGGCGUUUGGGUUCACGCUGCGGCAGUGCUACCAGCAAGUGUGCUGCCUCUUCCUCUUUAUUGCCAUGGGAAUCUUUACAUUCUCAGCCCUUCUGCACUCGGUAGAGCGGGAGGUGGUUGGCACGCCCUUCAGCAGCAUACCUGAUGCCUGGUGGUGGGCGACGGUCAGCAUCUCCACAGUGGGCUAUGGUGACGUGGUGCCUGUGUCUGUGCUGGGACGGCUGGUGGCGUUCGCUUGCAUCUCCUUCGGCAUCAUCCUCAACGGCAUGCCCAUCUCCAUCCUCUUCAACAAGUUCUCGGACUACUACGCCAAGCUGAAGGCGCAGGAGUACACGCAGGCGAGUGUGAAGCGCGGCCUGCAGCUGAAGGUGCGGCUUCGCCGUCGGCUCGACCUAUGCUUCCACCCCGAGCCAGACGAGAGCGGUGGCCCCAGCUGAGUUUGGAUUGACUUGCCUCUUUUUUCUCCACAGUGCGGUUUUUCCUUGUCACAAUACCAUUCUUUUACCAUAUUCUUUUUCUUUCUCUUCAUUUUUCUGUUUCUUUUUCUCCUCUCCUGCCUUGUCUCCAUAAUCUUCCUUUUAUCUUCUCCUUUUUUCUGUCAACCUUCGUUCUGUCUCCCUGUUCUUCCACUGUGGCACAAGCCUUGAAAAAGCAGGGUAUUUAGUAAUAGACAGUUCAAAGCAAAGUGAUUCCUGGGUGAAAAGGAAGGGAACACAAUUAGACAGAAAUUAGAACACAUUUCGACUUUUAGUAAACUUCAAGAGAAGCACACAGACUUGUCAGUGUGACCACCAGGGUGUUUGUCGACCAACAGAAAAUGUGUUCUUGAACUGGUUCAGAAUUGCUUGAACCAAGUGCUACCUAGUGAACCAGCCAGCAUUUCCACCAGUUUUGAACAGAACCCAGGAUGUGUCACCAACAGAGGGUGUUGUAUGGAUAAACAAGUUAAUGACGGUAUUAGUUCAUCAUAUGCAUAAACAGGAGGAUAAUAUAACAGUUGUAUAACAAAAACGAUUAUCUGUGUAAAAUGCUGUUCAAUGUCUGCGGUGUAUAGUUUUGUUCACUCAUGGCAAAAGUUGAUGUAGACAGAAAACUCAUACUUUUAGUCUUCUCCCUUUAAAUGGAAUGUUACGUCCACUCUUUUUCUUUUGUUUCAAGCUCCGAACCAAAGUGCCACAUUCUGAACCGUUUUCUUUUUGUGAGGUAAAAAUGCUCCCAACUGUCGACACCGGUUCUCUGUUGGUGGAAAAAGGCUAUCACAGAACCAAAAGAAUUGAAAAAAAUAUAUAGGCCUACCCUUGCACGCCAGCCUACUUUCAACCAACCCCAUCUUAAUAAAGAUGUAAUGAUACAAGAAGUUCUGAAUAAAAAACAGAAUGCUGAGCCCAUCCAGAAGACCUGAAAACCUAUACCCCUUGUGUUUGAAUGAGGCAUUUUUACUCAAAGUGCUGUAAUGUUGGCUCAUCUAUCUCAUGAGAUUUCGCUUCCCUAAUAAGUGUCUUGAUAUCUAUGCAUUUACACAAUACCUAAAUGUACUGUAGGUGCAGUUUUACACAGCAUUACAAAGUAACAGUUGUCUUAAUAUCAUUGCAAUAUUGUUCAUAUAUUGUCUGUUAAUCCUUAUCCCUUUUAAUAUCAGUAAUAUGUACAGUUUAUCCUCCUUGUUGCCGUAACUGCCUGAGGAAGACAAUCAUUUCUUGGUCUCUUGCUGCAUCAGCUGUCCUUUAAUAUGAUUUGGUCAAUUUUUUGCUCAAGGAUUGGUGUGCAAAAGCUGAUGGAUAAAUGACAGUCUCUGUCAAACAGGUUUAGAGUUAAACAUGAUUUUCAGGUUUUACAUUACUCUCCAGAAGUCCAGGCUUAUAUCCUGUAAAUAGAUUAUGCUUGACUGCCGUUUCUUCCAUACAUUCAGUUCCAUAUGCAGUACAAAGACUCAUGCUUUGAUAUAACUACAUAUCAUCCUGUACAAAUGAGUUAUGUAUAUAUCAUCGUUUUUGUCUUGUUUCAACACUUAGGAAUAAAUCAUUUUAAAUGUAGUUUGUAUAUUGUAUUAUUGAAGGAAACAUCAAAC